CACACUCACACACACACUGACAGGAUGGUGCUGCGACUGCUGAUGCGCUAUUUGGCCAACAAUGAGCAGCUAAUACAGCGCAUGGCCGACAGCUAUCCGAUGCGACGCGCCGCCCAGUUGGUUGUCUCGCUGAUGUAUCGCUCCAAGAGCCUGGCCAGGGAGCAGGGCCUGCACGAGAUGACGCCAGAGCGCUUUAAGUCCUUUGUGAAGAUGUUUAAAAACAAUGUACAGCAGGAGCUGGAGGGCGUCAAACGGCAGCUGAAGAAUAAGAAAAAUAACUAAAUUAUUGUAAAUUACAUUAUAGAUAUAUUUAUAGGCUAGCAACUUCAGGCACAUAAACAAAAUUUCAAGAGCAAACGAAACUUAUUUGAGGAAUAUCCAAUUGAAAUGUGGCAGCGUUUUACAACACUGACCGCACGCUGCACAGCGUUGCCAACUGCCUUGCAGGAAAUUAUGUUUGCUUUAAAAUUUGGGUUUUAAUUCCAAGAAUUCUGCGAUUUUGUAGUUUUUCAAACUGUAAAUUUAUUAUGCAAUUCAAAUACGUUUCAACGUAAUUCUAUGCUACAAAAGAAAUGUAAUUAGCGAAAUGAAA